AUGCGACCCUCAGUAGGCCUCGUGGGCUUGCUGCUCGUCGUCGCUCCCUCAGUCCUCGCACAGAACAACAACAACAAUAACAAUAAUAAUAACCAGAACAACAAUAAUAACAACAAUAACCUGCCAAACCUCGCCUCUCUUUCCCAACCCGACGGACAAGGCGAGAAGACCAGCGCGGCAGCCAGAACAUCCGACCGAGCACAAGAGACGAAUGCUAGACAAUCACAACAGUCGAAUGCACCAGCAACGUCUGGCGCUAACAGGCCGACGAACAGUAUCUUCCCUACAGUCACCCAAGGGGGCUUCCGUCUUUCAGGCCUCCCCACGCUUGCCGGUGUCGGUGUGCCAGACCAGAAAGUCCCAUAUACCGGUGGAGCCCCGUUUAUGCACAAGUCGAAUCUUCCCGAUGGAACCGUCUUCAUUUGCGUCGGUGCUAUCCUCGCUUUCUUUGGCGCCUGUGUGCUCGCAUGGCGCGGCAUGGUCGCCUGGUCGCUGCACCGCUCCGUCAAGCGCGCUGCUAUGGCGCAGAACCUAGCUGACAUCAAAUCCAUGUCCGCCGUGCCCGGAAAGAAGCGCGGCAUGUACAACGUCGUAGGCGGGCACUCGAACUUGUCCCUAGACCACCUCGCUGCUGCUCCUAUCGGAACCUCCAAGAAGUCAAGGGGAUACUCACAAGCCCCUGGCGGCGCUGCGCCUGCCCGCUCGCAGUCUUCCUUGUUCUUUUCACCCACAGCAGGCGGCGCGACUGGUCUUCGAGACUCAAUCGCGAAUCGCUCGUCAAAUUAUCUUCCUGCGGGCUACUACGCAACGGGCAACGCAGCACCUGCUUCCGGAUCUCCGAUGACCCAGGUCGGCGGGUAUGGACAGAACCUGUCAGCCAACUCUUUAGCAACACCCGGAAACCGCAUGAGCGCACGAUCUGGCCUUUCAGACCAAGACUCGCCAUCUCUGCCACCCUCCCGUGGCAAUUAUAGCCGUGCCCCGCCAUCCCGCGACGGCAUUUCGCACUACAACCAAGGCCAUGGGAACGACAACCCGAGCCAACUGUCCCUCAACACACCUGGGGGGACGGCUGUACCGGGUGGCCGCGCACCGAGUGCCUAUCUCGAAGAUCUUUUUGAAAACCACGGUAACGGACCGAGGGAAAGGUACUAG